CCGCCCCUGAACCGGCUCUGCCCAGGCCGCCGCUCGGACGCAAAGGCCGGGGCUGCAGAGGCUCCGCCGGUUUGUGACAGGAGUCCCACACACUCCGCUCACCCUCCCAGGGCCAUGGAGCAUGCGGUCACACAAAGGCCUCUCCACCUUGGAGGAGGAAGCAGAAAUUGCCCUUGUUCCUUAUGAGAGGCCAUUUCAGUCGAGUAUCUCAUGGCCUACAGGGAGUUUCUGCAGUACCUCUGAGAACUUAUGCAGAUCAAUCAAUUGAUGCUGAUGUAACAGUAGUAGGUUCUGGCCCUGGAGGGUAUGUUGCCGCUAUUAAAGCUGCCCAGUUAGGCUUCAAGACAGUCUGCGUUGAGAAAAAUGAAACACUUGGUGGAACAUGUUUGAAUGUUGGUUGUAUUCCUUCUAAGGCUUUAUUAAAUAACUCUCAUUAUUACCACAUGGCCCAUGGAAAAGAUUUUGCAUCUAGGGGAAUUGAAAUGUCUGAAGUUCGCUUAAAUUUGGAGAAGAUGAUGGAGCAGAAGAGUACAGCAGUAAAAGCUUUAACAGGUGGAAUUGCCCACUUAUUCAAACAGAAUAAGGUUGUUCAUGUAAAUGGAUAUGGAAAGAUAACUGGCAAAAAUCAGGUCACUGCUACAAAAGCGGAUGGCAGCACUCAAGUUAUUGAUACAAAGAACAUUCUUAUAGCUACAGGUUCAGAAGUUACUCCUUUUCCUGGAAUCACGAUUGAUGAAGAUACAAUAGUGUCAUCUACAGGUGCUUUAUCUUUAAAAAAAGUUCCAGAGAAGAUGGUGGUCAUUGGUGCAGGAGUAAUAGGUGUAGAAUUGGGUUCAGUUUGGCAAAGACUUGGUGCAGAUGUGACAGCAGUUGAGUUUUUGGGUCAUGUUGGUGGACUUGGAAUUGAUAUGGAGAUAUCUAAAAACUUUCAACGCAUCCUUCAAAAGCAAGGAUUUAAAUUUAAAUUGAAUACAAAAGUUACUGGUGCUACCAAGAAGUCAGAUGGAAAAAUUGAUGUUUCUAUUGAAGCUGCUUCUGGUGGUAAAGCUGAAGUUAUCACUUGUGAUGUCCUCUUGGUCUGCAUUGGCCGACGACCUUUUACUCAGAAUUUGGGACUAGAAGAGCUUGGCAUCGAACUAGACCCUAGAGGUAGAAUUCCAGUGAAUUCCAGAUUCCAAACUAAAAUUCCAAAUAUCUAUGCUAUUGGUGACGUCGUGGCUGGUCCAAUGCUGGCUCACAAAGCAGAGGAUGAAGGCAUUAUCUGCGUUGAAGGAAUGGCUGGUGGUGCUGUGCACAUUGACUACAAUUGUGUACCAUCGGUGAUUUACACACACCCUGAAGUGGCUUGGGUUGGCAAAUCAGAGGAGCAGUUGAAAGAAGAGGGUAUUGAAUACAAAGUUGGGAAAUUCCCAUUUGCUGCUAAUAGCAGAGCUAAGACAAAUGCUGACACAGAUGGCAUGGUGAAGAUUCUUGGGCAGAAGUCAACAGACAGAGUAUUGGGAGCACAUAUUCUAGGGCCAGGUGCUGGUGAAAUGGUAAAUGAAGCUGCUCUUGCAUUGGAAUAUGGAGCAUCCUGUGAAGAUAUAGCUAGAGUCUGUCAUGCUCAUCCGACCUUAUCAGAAGCUUUUAGAGAAGCAAACCUGGCUGCAUCAUUUGGCAAAUCAAUCAACUUUUAAAAAGAAGAUUAUAUUUUUUUCCUGAAAUUUCUUGGGAGUUUUUAGAGAUCACGUUUCUGAACAGGAUAUGCUCACAGCUCCAAGAAUUUCUAGGACUGAAUUAUGAAACUUUUGGAAGUUAUUUAAUUGGUUUGGACAGAAGGGAAUAAUCUCAUAUCUGUAUUUUAAAUAAAUUUAAUAUUUUGUUUUGGUGCAUUAAUAUUGCAAAAGAAAAGCUACUUAUAGUAGCACCCUGGAAAAUUUUCUUCAACACAUAAUUCUAUGCUGUUUGUGAAAGGUUCAACUUCACUGAAUUUAUGCUAAGUAGCUUUUAUCUCUCUAGUAUAGUAAAAUUAGAUUUACUUAUUACAUGAAUGGAGCUGGAGUAUGGUAUGUGAACAGCUGUGUUUGAAGCAAGGUGAUCAAGUUAUUUUAAACUUGUUUUUCAUAUUGGACAUAAGAGUCAUUAGAAUAAGACUUAAAUAUGUAUAAACUGAACUCAUGUAAAUAAAAUAUGAUCAUCUAUCACUUGGUUUAUUUAAUCCCCAAAUUCUUGUAGUUUAGAGGUAGAAUUUAUGUGUUUAGAUUCUUAAGCUGCCAUUGAGGUCUGUAGUCUGAAGUAUAUAAUUAACCAAAUUAAGGAGAUAUAUCAGCAAAAUUCAAAUGUUAAAUAGCAACUCAUGUAUUACAAUGGGAAAUUAAGAAAUGAAAAUAAAUCUUUCUUAAAUAUUCAUUCUGA